GUUGUUUUAUACAAAAAAUUGCAUACUUUGUGAGAAAAAAGAUGCUGAAAAGAUCGAGUGAAGGUGAGGAUCGAAAGUUACGGAAGAUACGUAAGAUGGAAAGGAAAAUACAAAAAUACAAAGAAGCCAUGACAGCUGCGGAUCCAGAAACAUUGUCAAUUUUGGAGCAAAAUAGUGUGGAUGAAAAUUGUGAUAAGUUGGAAGAAGAAGAUAAUGCUCAUAGUGACAAACCAGAAGAAACUCAAGAACACCAUCAAGAACAUGAAGAAGAGGAAGGUGAUGUCGAGAUAGAGGAAGACCUGCCCCAAGACAUCCUGGCUGCCCUCGGAGAAGGGGGACAGGAUGAUGAUGCUAACUAUGGAGCUGAAAUAAAAUCAGAGAUUGUUAAGAUAAUCAACACUAUACUAACAGAUGGAAUGAAUAAAGAGAUGCAUGAAUCCUUAUCAAAAACUAAGAUCCCGAGAAACGCCAAACUGUUAGAUGCUCCAAAAUUAAAUACAGAAUUUGCAGGUUUUCUCAACAACUCCAUGACCAAUAGAGACAACUUACUGAAAGAUAGACAGCAAGACCUGGGCAGAGCAAUUGCUUUAGUUACUCAAACAAUUAAUGAUCUAACUAAAAAUGAUUUCGACAAAUUACAGGCAAUAAAGUCCCUGAGUGACAGCAUAAGACUACUCAGUAACCUGCAUUUCAAUUACACUCAAAUUCGAAGAAAGUUGAUUGCACCAUUUAUGGAUAAGUCGUUGACACAAAACCUAAGUGAAAACAAGAGAUCUGAGUUUUUAUACUCUAAACUAGAGGAAUCAGUAAAAACAUCCUCUGCAAUGAAACGCACAAUCAACAUUCUAAAACCCAAAAAUACACCAAAAAACUCUCUGAAUCCCAGGCGGCAAACCGCCCCAAAUCAAUACACGCCCAGAACAAACAACAUAAAUUACAAACCAAGACCAUACCAGAGCAAUCAGGCUCCAACCUACAAGCCACAGCGCAGCCAUCAACGUCCACCACAACAAGCGAGGUCAACUCGCCGACCAACAUCCCAUCAUCGAGGAGGUCGUGCGAAGUACCCAUAAAGAACUCCACACCCACUUCAGACGCAACUUAUCCUGGCGGCGUGCAAAUUAUCAGGGAAGCGUUUAAAAGAAGAUUAAUUGCAGAACGUUCAAUUGACAUUAUGAUUGCUUCAUUAUCUAAGAACUCCAUUAAACAAUAUAAUAGUUGUUUACGCCAGUGGUGGCUUUAUAGUAAACGUAAUAGUAUAGAUACAUUCAGUGCAUCAGUCCCUAUCAUAAUAUCAUACUUAACAAACUGCUUUGAGAAUGGCCUGUCUUAUCAAUCACUCAAUUGCUAUCGCUCAGCGUUAUCCCUUAUAAUUGGCAGCCACAUAGGCACGGAUGAAAGAAUUAAGCGCCUAUUCAAAGGAUUCUAUAAGUUGCGCCCUAUGAAACCCAAGUAUAAUGAUACUUGGAACCCGGACACAGUAUUAACAUUCUUAGGAAAUCUAUAUCCCCUAGAAUCUUUACAACUAGAAUUACUUACAAAGAAACUAGCAAUGUUAUUGAUUUUGGCAACAGGGCAAAGGGUACAGACUCUUUUUUAUAUUAAAAUUAAUAAUAUUAAGACCUCUACAGACGGUAUCACAAUACAAAUUACAAACCUUUUGAAGACUUCUGGGCCCAGACGUCCUCCAACAAUACUUAACAUACCAUAUUUAAAUAAUAAACCUGAGAUAUGUCCGGCUAGAACUUUAACUAAAUAUUUAGAAACUACUCAAAAUAUACGACAAGAAAAUAGUUCCCUCAAGAACCUUUUCCUUACCUUUAAAAGUCCUAUCAGAGAAGCCUCCACUCAGACUAUUAGCAGAUGGCUGAAGCAAAUUAUGAAUGAUAGUGGGGUGGAUAUAUCUAGAUUUUCAGCUCAUUCCACUAGACAUGCGUCUUCUUCUAGAGCACACAGAGAAGGCCUUACUGUAGACAGCAUAAUGAAGGCUGUAGGUUGGUCAUCAAGAUCACAAACAUUUGCCCGACAUUAUAAUAGACCACUAACUAAUAUGGUUAACGACCAAGUUCAAUUUGCCCGAGCAGUGCUCGGAGAUUAAAAUGUUUUGUUUUUAGUAUAGUUUUUAUUAUAAGAGCCAAAUCCUGAGUUA